UUUUAUGUUUUAAUUUGCAUUAAAAUAUGUGAAUCAACCGAAAAAGUUAGGCCCCCAAAAUUCCUCAAUUCCUCUAGAACACGUAAAUUGAUGAAUGACGAAAAAUAAAAAGUAUCAACCGAGUUAGACAAAUAUUGUCAAGACACAUGAUAGUUAGUGAAGAUCCAAAGCCAACGCCAAGAUAAGAAAUUCGUCCAAAGGCAGCCGGUAGAUGAACAAUUGAACACCUCCAACCUACAGUUCACCGCCUCCCCAGUUGCUGACGCGUGCUCUGGGUGACGAAGGUGCCGUGACGUUAUUCCUUCACCUCCCCCCCUUCGCACGCCCUGAUGCAAAAGCUCCUUGUUUUAUCGGGGAACUUUUCCUACUGGAUGGUUUUCAAGAUAAGAAUCGUAACUCCGUUUGCAGAGCUCCCCGUACUAUCUUUACUUCCUCUGCAACCUGUUGUUGCUCUCCAAAUUCAAUGCUUCUUGGAGUUUACUGGAUGGUUGUUUGUCUGCAGUUUGAUGUUUAAUGUCGUAAUAAUUGAGAUUAAUUCUUGGCUACGUCCUUUUGUUAGUGCAUGACUGUGCCUAGCUAUGAUUACAAUUAAACAGCUUCUUGAGGUGUUUUUCUUCUAAUAAAGUUCGAUGAGUUUUGCAUGAACUCUAGCAAAAUGGUAUAGACUUUUCCAAUGGUUAGCAUAUCUUAAAAGGUUACAUGAAAAUAGCCCAACUUCUAUUUCUAGACUUCAGCAUGAGUGUUUAUUACUGUUAUGCAGAGGGAAGAGAGGGAGGCUGCAAAAGGGGGAAAAAUGGCUCAUCUCUUGGAAAAGAUGGUUGUGUCAUACUAACUUUUUAAGACUUUGUCUAAAGAUGGUUGUGUUUGAACAUUUUGAGCUUAUGACUGAAUCUUUUAGAUUAUAUUACUUGUCAACCAUUUGAAAAAGUGUAUGCCAAGAAUUCAGAUCUCUGCAUUUGUUUAGUAUUUUGUCUUAAUAAUGGCAUUGCAAAGAUUUCUUGUCAUUGAAUAAGUGAAGUAUAAUACCUCUUUUUCUUGAAUCAAAUUUGACAAUGGAACCGUAGGGUGAAUACAUCAGUCAUAUGUCAACAAUAGACUCAUGGAUGACCAUUCCUCCUAUUACAUGUCUAGUAAUUUGUAAGUAUUUUGAACAGUAAAUUUGGAGCAGUUCUGUACUCGUAUCUUCAAGGAGGAACCAGAGGACAGUUACAAAAGAAAAGUGUUCCUCAUUGCCAGCUAAAUCCUUAAAGAGGCCUAAUAAGGAAUUGCCUUUUUCUGGAAUCUCAGCAAAAGUUUGAAAAGAGGAUUUAGUUGCUAAGUCAAAAAAACAACAAAGAAUCUUGCUGGAAGAACCAAGCCAUUUAUAUACAGUUCUGUAUCUGCUGUCUGUUACCCUGAAUAUAAAAUUGGGCAAUUAAUUUGGACUUAAUCUAUGCGAAUUUCCUUUUCCAUCGAUGGAAAAAUAGAGGACCCCACCCAAAAGGUUAAGCCUGCAAUUUCAUAAUUUCUAGGCCAUAGGGCUCUAUAAAAUUUGUUAGUUUACCUUCAUCAAAACCAUCCCGGAGGCUGGACAAGGCAGGAUACAAGUACUAUCAUCAAUUCCUCCAAUGGCCACAACAAUUAAGCCACUAUUAACUGACCUUGUAUCUACUGUGAGCUCUGUUCCUCCAAAUUAUGUCCGACCUGAAUCUGACCGUCCAAACCUCAAUGAGGUUACCUUUGAUCAUUCCAUCCCUCUCCUUGAUCUCCAAGGCCUUCAUGGUCCUAACCACUCUAGUGUUAUAAAAGAGAUUGGGGAAGCGUGCCAAAAUUAUGGUUUCUUUCAGGUUAAAAACCAUGGCAUUUCACCAGAGGUGAUUGAUAAGAUGUUGCAUGUCUCCAAGGAAUUCUUUCGUUUACCAGAGAGUGAGCGAUUGAAGAAUUACUCCGAUGAUCCUAUGAAGACGACAAGACUUUCUACGAGUUUCAAUGUGAAAACUGAGAACGUAUCAAGCUGGAGGGAUUACUUAAGACUCCAUUGCUUCCCUUUAGAGGAUUAUGUUCAUGAAUGGCCAACCAACCCUCCAUCUUUCAGAGAAACUGCUGCAGACUACUGCAAGAACACCAGAGGGCUGGCGCUGAGACUGCUGGAAGCAAUAUCAGAAAGCUUAGGCCUGGAAAGGGAUUACAUCAAUUCGGCACUAGGAAAGCAUGCGCAGCACAUGGCUAUCAACUAUUAUCCACCUUGUCCCGAACCAGAGCUGACCUAUGGGUUACCUGCUCAUGCUGAUCCCAAUGUUAUCACCAUCCUCCUUCAAGCUGACGUGCCUGGUUUGCAGGUGCUCAAAGAUGGCAAGUGGUCUGCUGUCAGCCCCAUUCCUUACACCUUUAUUGUCAAUAUCGGUGACCAGAUACAGGUAGUAAGCAAUGAUCGUUACAAGAGCGUGCUUCACCGGGCGGUGGUGAACUGCAAGGAGGAGAGGAUCUCUAUUCCGACGUUCUAUUGCCCAUCACCCGACGCUGUGAUGCGGCCAGCCCCGCAACUGAUCGACGACAAUCAUCCUCCCUUGUACAGGAACUAUUCUUACAGUGAAUAUUACCAGAAGUUCUGGAAAAGGGGGCUUAACGCUGAGACAUGUUUGGACAUGUUUAAAAUUUAAGACCUUUGUCCUUAUCUUACUUACCCUAUUUAUGUUAUGUAAUGCAAGGAUGCUUCUUGUAGAAAAUAAAGGGUGUGAAAUUUUACUGAA